ACAGUUUUGUAUGGUAUAUAAUAAAUUCAUAAAUGACGUUAAGUUUUUAGGUUAUAAUAAAUAACAAUUCGAAAGCCAAAUUUCCAUAACAACCCAUGAGAAAAUAAAUAAAUAUCUUUGUCAUGUAACAACCCAAGUAGCAUACAAUUUUAUAAUAUUUUUGUCGAGUAUUCUGUGUUGCUUUUACCAGUCGUAACGGUGACAUUAAAGGUAAUAACUUUCUCGUAUACCUAUUUUAUAAAAUCCUUACGUAAAAGACAGUAAUGGCUGAUCCUCGUAUUAAGACAUUAAAGAUCAAAACUGGAGUAGUGAAAAGAUUAACAAAAGAGAAACUUAUGUAUAUACAAGAAACAGAUCAACAACAGGAAAAGGUUGAGAAAUUGAAAAAGGCUGGAAUUGACGAGAGUACUCUUAAGAAGCAAGAAGAAGUUCUAAGGGAGUCACAGAUGAUGAUACCAGAUACUCAGAGAAGAUUAAAAGCUGCAUUUGAAGAUUUGAAAAGUGUUGUAGCUGAUUGUGAAGAGCUAAAAGAAGAACAAGAUUAUUUGAACGCUCAAAAGUUUUUAGCUGAGGCUGAAAAAGAAAUGAAUUAA